AUGAUUUCGGCAUUGGUCCUUUUCGGUUUCGGGGAGAGGACCUUUGGAGUUUUGACGAAGAUUGAUCUUAUGGACAAGGGGACUGAUGGAGUUGAUGCCAUCGAUAGAGGAGAAAACCUUGCAAAUUUAAAUGACAAGGCUGAAACGCUGCGUGAUUCGGUAUACUUAUUUCUUAUCGAGCCCGGGAAGCAAUCCCGGGCCCGGAUAGUCCUUGUGGAUGGUUAUGAAGGGCUUCCUGCUAACGAUGAACAAUCGUUGCUAAAGGCUGUUGCAAACCAGCCUGUCUCUGUUUCUAUCGAUGCUGGUAGCAGGGAUUUUCAGUUCUACUCAGGGUCAUUGUAUUGCAUCUUCACGGGCAAAUGUGGGACCGGUUUGGACCAUGAUGUAGUUGUGGUUGGCUAUGGGACCGAAGCUGGCAAGAAUUACUGGCUGGUGAGAAACUCUUGGGGUGCAGAAUGGGGGGAAAAAGGCUACGUAAAAAUUGAACGCAAUGUAAUAGAGAAAACAGGUAAAUGUGGAAUUGCAAUGGAGGCAUUAUACCCUGUCAAGAAUGGCCAGAAUCCUGAUCCAGUCACACCGGAACACCAAAAGUUGUCUAAUGAAGAUUCAUAUGUAUUCGGCAAUUUAAUCACGAUUCUAAGCAUCGAUGGGGGUGGAGUGCGAGCGCUCUUGCCAACUGCCGCCCUUGUUUUUUUGGAAGCUAGGAUACGGGUAUAG